AUGUAUUUAUUUUUGUUUCUUCUUAGAAAAAUGAACAAUUGUACGGCAGCUAAUGAAACGAUGAAGCCAGCUACCCAGGAAAUAACGUUCCCAAUAAUGGCUUGGAGCGUGGUAUUCGGAAUUUUAGCCGUUAUGGCUAUAUUUGGAAACUCAACGGUUAUUCUGGCGUUCAUUCGAAAUGUUCAACUGCACACUCGCACUAAUUACAUUAUAGUGGGUUUGGCAACUGCUGACUUGCUGGUAGGUUUGAUUGCGGUCCCACUUUACAUGGCUAUUACUCUUCUGUACAAACAGCAACUUGAAAUCCCGGAUGUUUUGAGUGUGAUGUAUCACGCAGUGGACGUGUUUGGAGGAUUCGCUUCUAUAUUUCACUUAAUGCUUAUAAGCCUUGAACGUUUUUACGCUAUUGCUUACCCAGUCAGCCACCGAAAUUCAUCAAAAGUGGUAUACAUUGCUGUCCUGAUAAUAUGUUGGAUAACAGCAGGUACACUAUCCUUUAUUCACUCAAUAAGAUACAGUAACUACAACAUAACAAGAGCCUUCUUCAUACUCUUCUGUGUUUCCUUCUCCGUGGCGUUUUUCGUGAUCUGUGCUGCUUAUCUUGGAAUAUGGCGGAUGGCAAAGAAAAAAAAGCUUAUUCGAAGAGGAUCAAGACGAGCAUUUAAGAGACAUGACCAUGAAGUCAUGAUUGCAAAGUCUCUUCUUAUUGUGAUCAUUGUGUUUGCAGUCACGUGGCUUCCGUUCUUCUGUAUUAACGCUGUGUACUUUUUUCAAUCUCAGCUUAAACGCCAAUCCAUUUCGUUUGACGUUAUUCAAUUUACCAAGUUGUUACAUUACUGCAACUCUGCUAUAAAUCCAGUCAUUUACUCCCUGAAGAUUCCAGGAUUUAGAAAAACGUUUACUAGUCUCUUACGGAGGGAGUCUACGAGAUCUUUCCGAAGUUCGCUUAGUUUUUCACGACGUGAGUCUUCAAGGAAACCUAUGGCAGAAUGUGACCACCAAGACAAUGUUUAA